GAGAGAGAGAGAGAGAAAGGGCUGGGCUUGGGAAACGGUCCUGCUUUGGAGACCUGCUGCCACAGACCGUUGCAAAAAGGAAGAAGAGAGAGAUUGAAACCCCCCCCCCCCUUUCCCUCCUUUUCGUCGCCCCCUUUUCUCUCUGCCCGGGAUCCCCCCCCCCUUCUCCCUUCUCUUCUUUCCCGCCCAGGACUGGCUGAGCUCACUCUCCAGCUGUCGGAGGGGAGAGAGAGAGCUGACCGAGAGGGUCUUUCUUCCCUUUCUUGCGGGGAAAACGGGUCUUUGACUCUCUAUUCUUCUGAUUUCCCAUCUCGAUUGACACGCUGCAUCGUGUCCAGAGUUGGAGGAACGAUGUUGUUGCUUUUGCAGCGGCGCCGGAAACUCUUUCCUGAGCUGGCUGCCUCUCCCACUGCAAUGGCUCUGGAAAGCUGAGCUGAAUUCCUGCUGCUGAGCAUGGACCCCACCUCGCUGCUUCCGCUGGUCUUGUCUCCCGACCCCCGGGGCUUUAACCAAGGGGCGACCGAACCCAGCGAGCCUGCUGUGGACCCCUGCAGCCUCCUUUCGAACAGGCACUAUGAGGUGGUGCCCUGCAUCGUCUGUGCUCUCUGCUGCAUUUUUGGAGUUGUUUACUGCUGCUUUGGCUACCGUUGUUUCAAGGCCAUCAUGUUCCUCUCAGGGCUGCUCUUUGGUUCGGCCGUGAUCUUCUUGCUUUGCUACAAGGAACGCAUCUUGGAUACGCAGCUGAGCCUGGAGGUCAGCGCCGGCAUUGCCCUGGGCAUCGGGGUCCUGUGUGGCUUAGUCACGAUGCUGGUGCACUCGGUUGGGUUGUUCCUGACUGGGCUUCUGCUUGGUUUGCUGGUGGCCACCGCUGGGCUGGUGGCCACGGAGCCUUUAUAUGAGCCACCCAGCGCCUGGGUCCCCGCUGGGUCUCUGUUGGGCUCAGCCCUUUUGGGUGCUGUCUUGGCGUUGCGCUGGCAGAAAGCCCUCACAGUCAUUUCCACAGCUGUUUUUGGGGGUGCAGUGCUGACCCUCUGCUUGGACUAUGUGGUGGAGAACUUGGCUAUGGGGCAGCACAUCUAUGACCGCCUCCGCCUGGCUCCUUCUUCCCCGCUCUGCUGGUGCGGCUGGGCCGUGCUGGCAACCUGGCCCGCUCUCGCCUUGAUGGGAAUCCUGCUGCAAUGGAAAGUGACCGCUGAAGGCUUCUCACACACAGACGUGGUCCUGAAUCGGCGCCAGAAGCAGCUACAGCUAUUGCGGAUUCGGCAACGUGAAGCCAAGAAGAGGCAGAGCCAGGGUUCCCAGGAAGGAUCCUACCGACAUAAGCCUAGUGCGGUCAAGCGCUGUGCAGGAGAUGUCCUCGCACCAAGUUACAUUCAGAGCCUGCGUGACCGCCAGCAAUCGGGAACGGGCACUUCACUGAGCAAUCUGAAUGCCAACGCUCACACCACGGUGGACCUGGAUUACGACUCUGGCUCUACGGUGCCUCUUACCACCCCUCGAGGCUGCCUCUGAAAGGGCUGACAUCGUUGUCGUCUUCUUCCACUUGUGCCUUAAGCAGGGACAUAGUCGGACUCAGUCCACAGUGCUGAAUAUUUUUGCCUUGUACGCAAAUAUCCUUGGUUAGCCUACUAUAGUUUUUCUAAAUUCCUUUUUCUAAUGGACAAAAAAGUGCUCCAUUUCCCUCCUCCUCUUGACAGACAGGGCUUGAGGCUACCACACGUGACUGAGUCGACAUCGUGGGAAGGAAGAGAUGUUUAAAAAAUAAUAAUUUAUUUCCAUUUAAGUUCAGGAAGGGUGCCACCUUCCUCUGUGGGGUAUCUGGAGCUGCCUUGCAAACUAUGCUGGAAUUUGGGGCCAUACUAGAGCGGCUGUUCUUACCUGACGCUCAGUUGUUGCCACUUGCGUGAGUUCAAAAAAGCCAUAGUCAUGCCCCACUUUUUCAAAUGAAGAGGUAACUUGUUUCAGGUUGCAGCUAAUCUAGAGUAGCUAAAUGUUGGAUACUUGGUUUGGUCUAGGUGAGUUACUCAGGGUUAAAACAACUUGGAAGUAACUUGAAAUUCUUAACAAGGCUACAACUUGGUUAGAGUUAAAUUUAUUCCAACCUAUGGUGCUUUUUUGACGCCGUGCCUUUGGAUGUAUUCCAUAUGACAGUAUGUUGUAAAGGCAAUUAUGCUGCCCUUCCAUAUUACACAUGUAUAGCACUCCUGUGAUCACGUCCUAUGGCAUCCUAGGACUUUAGUCAGAGGCACGAGAGGAACUCCAAAGCCCUUGCACUCAAAUACCAAUUCCAGGCAUCCAUAGGAUGAAACCGUUGUAGUUAAAGUGGAAUCAUAGCAUACAGUUGUGUGAAAAAGCCCUUUGUUCAUCCUUUCCCGAAGGCAUUGGUUCUCAGCCUGUGGGUCCCCAGAUGUUUUGGCCUUCAACUCACAGAAAUCCUAACAGCUGGUAAAAUGGUUGGGAUUUCUGGGAAUUGUGGGCCAAAACACAGGUUGAGACCACUGCCCUAAGGCAUUUUGACUUGCCUGUGUGAAGAAGGGAGUUGUUUUUUCUACCCCAGUAAUUUAAGCUGUGUAACAUUAUUCCUCAAUGCAAGUCUUUGCCCCUCAUGCUAUUAUAGUCACCUGUAAGAACUCCUCAAGCCAACCUUCUCCAUCAUGUCGUUGCCCAAGCCCAACCAUUAAGAUGGGUGGAAAAUGAUGCUCCUUCAGAAGAUUUUGGACUUUUUAACUGGCACCAAGCCUGAGCAUCAUGGUUAUUGAUCAGUGAUGACAGGAGUGGCCAUUCACAGAUACACAAAGGACUGCAAAUUCCCCACCAAUCCAUUGAGUAUACUGUGGUAAUGAAGUUGCCUAUUGCUUUUCAUCUAACAGUGGUGUACAUACAAGUAGGGAAGACCCAGUGAACCAGUGGGAGCUUGCAACUCUUGCAUGAGUUCAAUUUAGCCAGUGAGUCUAUUCUUGCUGGGUUUAGGCCACUUGUUAUCAGCACCUGCCCCUUUAAAAGAUUAGACAACAACGGGUAGUGUCAUGACUAUUUUGGAUGUAAUAAGUGAUAUUUACUAAAUCUUAAAAGUGUUGUUUAUUAGGUUUGAGGGCAUUUGUAUAUUUUUAAAACAUCCUGAUGUCCCUUUUAAAAAAAAUCUUACUUUGGAGCAAGCUGCACUGGAUGCCUUAUUUCUUAAAAACAACGUACUGAGUUCCAGAUUUGAGAAUUGUGUAGGCUUUGAAAUAACACAGGGAGCCCACCCUCCAUGUUAUGGAACUGUUUUCCUUCUACUGAACCUAUGGCCAGUGAGGGGCUCCCAUUCAUCCACAUGGGUUAAACCCUUGUGCCGGCAGGACUGCUGACCAAUAGGUCAGUGGUUCAAAUCCAUGGAGAGCGGGUUGAGCUCCCUCUGUCAGCUCCAGCUCCCUAUGCGGGGACAUGAGAGAAGCCUUCCACAAGGAUGGUAAAACAUCAAACAUCCGGGGGUCCCCUGGGCAACAUCCUUACAGAUGGCCAAUUCUCUCACACCAGAAGCAACUUGCAGUUUCUUCUGUCGCUCCUGAUACACACACACACAAACCCCCAAUCCCUUCAUGUGACUAUAAUGGUGUUAGGGGUGAUGCCAAAUAGUACCCUAACUGUCCAGUGUGCCUUCUCUAAGCAAUAUAGAGCCUUACCUGCACCAAUGUGGGUUUCAGUCUUGACAGUGGUGCUUUUAAGAACAUGUAGAUAAGGAUAUAAAGCAUUUUUAAAGUGCAAGCUGUUUACCUGUAGGAUAUCUACCCAAAUGUCAAAUUAAUUUGGUGAGCACAUGCUAGACUGGCAUCCUGUUUCAGAGAUCUCUUUGAUGUAGCCGAUUGUUUCCUGUGGAUUGUUUUUGUUACUGUUUUGUAACUCCUGUUUAUAAUACUUAACACAGAUGUCUUUU